AUGUCGUCGACCAUCCUGUACAAGUUCCGGUCGGGGACGACCUUUGAAGCCUUGCCGCUGCCUGGAUCAGCGGCGCGGCUAUUUGAUGUCAAGAAGGCCAUUGUGACUGCCAAGAAAUUGGAUGCUGGGACAAUGGACUUUGACCUUUCUGUGCGUAACGCGGCGACAAAUGAAGAGUACACGGAUGAAUCCAUGUUGCUGCCCCGAGGGACUCGUCUCGUGGUUCAGAGAUUGCCCGCUGCUAAAGGACAAGGAUUCUUGGCUCGCAUGGCUCGCAAUCAAUACGGAAUGCCUCCCAGUGCUCCAAGUGCGCCUGGAAGUGGUGGGGCUCCCAGUGGAUUUUACGAAAUUGAUUCGCGAGCCAGAGAUGACGACGAGGAAUUUGUUUCGAGUGAAGAUCAAGAAUUGGCGUUGCUCAACGCGGCCAGAGACACGGCCUCGGCGAAUCCAGCUCCCGGUGGGUUGAGACCCGCCACCACUGGCAAUUUUGGGCGAACAGCAGGUCAAGGACCUCCACAGCAUCACCAUCAGCACCAAGGCGGCCAGCAACGUCAAAUGAAACAGAGACAAAAUGCAGACCCAGAGAUCCGGGAACAGGAGAAGAAAUUGGUGGGACGAAAGAGGGCCACGGGAAUUCCCAGGACCUUUCUGAAUCUGAGCGCCCCGCCCACGACGGAAGCCAAGGAGGGCGAAGGAGAAGAGAACAAUGCCCCUCUCCUUCAGCCAAACACUCUUGGUUUUGAAGAAUUGAAGCAACGAGCUGGAGCGUGGCUUUGA